AUGCGCGCACUCGCGCUCGUCUCGCUCGCCCUCGCAGGCCUCGCCCGCGCCGCCCUCCCCGACGACGCCGCCGACCUCCCCCUCUCGCACCUCCUCCAGCUCGCCCAGGACUCGCUCGCACAGGGCAAGAGCAUCGACGCCCUCGACCUGUACGACCACUGCCUCGAGCGCGACCCGCAAGACUUUGCCACCCUCUACAAGCGCGCCACCGUCCGCCUCGCAACCGGCCACCUCGCCAAAGCCAAGGACGGCUUCCACAACGUCCUCGCCGUGCGCGACUACGACCUCGCCCACCUUCAGCUCGCAAAGAUCCACACAAAGCUCGCCGAGUUCGACGACGCCAAAGCCCAGAUCGACCUCUUCCUCGGAUCGGCCGCCAAGGACAAGGGCGACCACGACAAGGAGGUCAAGGAGGCCAACGAGCUUCGCCAGCAAGUCGUCGCCGCCAAGAAGGAGUACCUCGCCGCGCAAAAGGCCCUCGCGCGCUCGCCGCCCAACCUCGACCGUUGCAUCUCGUCGUCGUCGGCGGCCAUCCACACGUCGCCCCAGGCCCUGUCGCUCCGCCUCCUGCGCGCCGAGUGCGCCCUCCUCGCCCACGACUUUGACUCGGCCAUUGGCGACCUGUCGCGCGCGUCGGCCCUGUCCCCUACCCUCCCCCAGCACCUCCUCGUGCGCAUCGCCCUCCUGUCGUCCCUGUUCACCGACCACGGCCUCGCUGUCCCGCUCGAGACGCACGCGUCCCUCAAGCGCUGCCUCGCGGCCGACCCCGACUCGAAGACGUGCGCCAAGCCGCUCAAGACGCUCAAGAAGCUCGAGAAGGAGCUCGCCCAGCUGCGCAACUGGGUCGACGCCGGCCGGUGGACCGAGGCGGCCGUCACGAUCGCCGGCUCGUCGUCGCGCGAGGGCGUCCUCGCGACCGUCAAGGCGCUCCUCGAGGCGUACCAGAAGCCCGUCGCGCGCGGCGCGCCCCUCGACGAGGCGCCCCUGCCCGCUGGCGACCCCCCCCUCGCGCGCAAGAGCCCGCUCCUGCGCGCGUUGACGAGCGCCCUGUGCCGCGCGUACGUGACGCUCGACUCGCCGCGCAAGGCGGCCGCCGCGUGCCGCGACGCGCUCGAGCUCGACCCGGACGACACGUGGGCGCUCGUCGCCAAGUCGGACGAGCUGCUCAAGGGCGAGCAGUACGACGAGGCGGUCCGGGUCCUGAGCGCCGCGUUCGAGGCGACGGGCAGGAGCGACAGGGGGGUCCUCGAGCGGCUGCAGAAGGCGCAGCGGCUUCUCAAGCAGAGCAAGUCUAAGGACUACUACAAGAUCCUCGGCGUCGCUCGAGACGCAGACGACAAGACGAUCAAGCGCGCAUACCGCAAGGCGACGCUCAAGGCGCACCCGGACAAGGAGGGCGGCAGCGAGGAGAAGAUGUCGGCGCUCAACGAGGCGUACGAGGUCAUCUCGAACCCGGAGCUGCGCGCUCGCUUCGACGCCGGCGAGGACCCGAACGACCCUCACUCGGGCCACGGCGGCUUCGGCGGCGGCGGCGGCAACCCGUUCGGCGGCGGCGGGCAGCCCAUCUUCUUCCAGCAGGGCGGCUCGCGAGGAGGCGGCGGGUUCGAGCAGUUCUUCCAGCAGGCGCAGGCAGGAGGAGGAGGAGGACAGCAGUACCAGUUCCGCUGGGGCUAGAGCGCGCCAGGAGAGGGCGCAGGGCAUGGUACAUACGCAGGUUUCCCCAUC